AUGCCUAAACAUAUAGAAUGUAAUGUUAAAGAGGUCAACCCAAGAAUGAAAAAAAGGCAUAUUAAAUUAGAAGAACAGCUUAAAAACCAUGAAGAAUACAAUCAAUUGUCUAUUUCUUCAAGUGAAGAAGAACAGAUCUAUCAAUCGGCUGAUGAUGAAAGACUAGUAUUUGAAGAAGAAAAGCCAAUUGAUGACGAAGAAUUUUAUUUGAAUGAGAGUGACAGGGUUCCUUAUGAUUAUUUUUCUGCUCCAAAUUUAAAUGAUAUUGAUACUAAUCUGAAUUCUGAACAUAUCAAUACAUCUGCUAACUUUGACGAUCUGUAG